AUGGGCGGCGCGCUGGGCGGCAAUAUUUCACGGGGCGGACCGCGCCUGACAGCCUCCGGGGGCCGCAGCGCCCGCCUCCCGGGGGCUCUCCGCCGCUCCUCAGCGCUCCGUAGCGUCGGCGGCGGACCGAAUGCCUAUCUUUCUUUUAUAUCCGGCUCAAAAGCGCAGUGGAUCUCGGUUCGCACAGUGGCUGUUACCUGGAUCCGCCUCUCACCUGUUGCAGUGCCAGACACGUGGUCCCCGCCCCGGCUGGUGUCACCAGAGCCAGAGUUCGUGGGGCCCGUUGGUAACCUGACCGCACCUGUCGGCAAGGAGGUCAUCCUCAGCUGCGUCGUCGACCACCUGGGCAAGUACAAGGUGGGCUGGUUGCGUUCUGAAGACCAGACUGUGCUGACAAUGCACGACAGGGUGGUGACACACAACUCGCGGGUCGGAGUCUCGCACGACCAGCUCCGAACGUGGCGGCUGCACGUGCGCCAGCUGAAGGAGUCGGACCGCGGCUGCUACACCUGCCAGAUCAACACCAGCGUCAUGAAGCAGCAGACCGGCUGCAUCGACGUGCACGUCCCACCGGACAUCUUGAUUGAAGAGACGAGCGGCGACAUGGCGGUCACCGAAGGUGAAAACGCCACCUUGCGCUGCCGGGCUUCAGGGCGGCCAACCCCUCGGAUAUCGUGGCGCCGGGAGGACGGCGAGCACAUAAUGCUACGGCUGGGAGCCCGCAACCUCACGCAAGUGGAGACGUACGUGGGCAACGACCUACACCUGUGGCGGCUGGACCGUCGCCAGAUGGCGGCCUACCUCUGCAUCGCCUCCAACGACGUGCCGCCCAGUGUCAGCAGAAGGAUCGUGCUGAGCGUCAACUUUGCUCCCUCGGUCAAGGUCCCAAACCAACUGCUCGGAGCCCCCCUGGGCACCGACGUGCAGAUGGAAUGUUAUGUGGAGGCCUUCCCCAACACCAUCAACUACUGGGUCAAGAACAGGGGCGAGAUGCUGCUCGACGGGCCCAAGUACGUGGUGCGCGAGAGCCGGGUCUCCUACAAGGUGUACAUGUGGCUGGUGGUGAGGCGCUUCAGCCGCAGCGACGUGGGCACCUACAACUGCGUCGCCACCAACUCGCUGGGCCGCGGAGAGGGCACUCUGCGGCUCUACGAGAUAAAACUGCACUCUGGAACAGUACGUGAUUCGACGGACAACCAACUCGCCGUUGUUGGAGGGUUGAAGGAGGCUGCGCUGCGGCCGGUGGGAGCGGCGUCAUCGUCGGCAGCGGCCCCCUCGGCCCCCCGCUGGCUCCUGCCGCUGGCGCUCACCCUGGCCGCCGCCGCCGCCGCCGCCGCCGCCGCCACCGCCUCCUGCAGGUGA